AAUGUAGACGGAGCCGCCGGGCCCGGGCCCUCUGCCGGCUGUGCGGCCGAGUUCCCGGCGGGUGGGGAGCUGUCCGGCGCGCAGAGAGUUAAAGGCAUCAUCGCAGCCAUUAGAGGGAAAAGUUGCGGCGCGAAGCCCGGCGGAGUCCUCCUGCCCGCCCCCCUUGCCCACUCCCCACUUCCCGAGCCAGCUCGGCGUUUAGGGAGGGCAGUGAUCACGCCAGCCGCAGCGGCAGGCUGACGUUGGACGAGUUGCCAGGUAGCUUAGAGCAAGCAUCGAAGCAGCGAGGACACUUCCCAGCGUUGCAACCCGGGUCUGGACUCGCAGCCUGAUCGAAUCCGAGCCAGCUGGUUUUCACCUUCGCGAACUGCAUUCCCCUCUCCCAAAGCCAAUCCUCGCCCAGGAAGCAGCAGGAUGUUUGCAGUGCCGCGACCAGGGCGCUGAGACGAAACCUCUGAUACAUUUGCAUUCCUUUCUUUUAGGGCUUUUUGGCUGUUGGCAACACUGAUGUGACCCCCCCCCCUCACUUUUGGAAUGAUGGGGAUCGUUUUGGCAUACGUUGGAUUUGUUUUCUUUUCCGUUUUAUAUGUACAGCAAGGUCUUUCUUCUCAAGCAAAAUUUACCGAGUUCCCGCGGAACGUGACGGCGACCGAGGGGCAGAAUGUGGAGAUGUCCUGCGCUUUCCAGAGCGGCUCCGCGUCGGUGUACCUGGAAAUCCAGUGGUGGUUCCUACGGGGACCCGAGGACCUGGAGCCCGGGGCCGAGGUGGCCGGUGCGCAGGUGGAGUUGGUGCCUGACCGAGACCCGGACAACGACGGAACCAAGAUCAGUACAGUGAAAGUCCAAGGCAAUGACAUCUCUCACAAGCUUCAGAUUUCCAAAGUGAGGAAAAAGGAUGAAGGCUUAUAUGAGUGCAGGGUGACCGAUGCCAAUUACGGAGAGCUUCAGGAACACAAGGCCCAGGCCUACCUGAAAGUCAACGCCAACAGCCAUGCUCGGAGGAUGCAGGCCUUCGAAGCCUCGCCCAUGUGGCUGCAAGAUAUGAAGCCUCGCAAGAAUGUCUCUGUGGCCAUUCCCAGCAGCAUCCACAGCUCUGUCAACCAGCAGAUGCGCCCCACCUCCAGCCCUCAAGCGGUAGCCAAAAUACCCAAACAAAGUCCACAAUCAGCAAAGAGCAAAUCGCCUGUAAAAUCUACGGAGCGGACAGCAAAGUUGACCCUAAACUCCAAGCACCACUCUGCACCCACUGUACUCUAAUUACCUACACAAGGAGCGCCUGCUUCCGGAAGCAUAAACGAAGAGGCUAUCACACGCUUUGCUCAUAGUAUUUUCUUUGGCAAAUCACUGAUCUUUUAUUUCAAGAGAAUUAAUGUGAAGUAAUAGGACAUUUUCUAAUAGCAAGAUCUAUUUUUUUCCUUUUCUUUUGGCUACUUAAAGCUCCAUCUCACUGACUGCUCAGGGUUUGGCCUGAACAUCAUCAGUAUAGUAAAUAUUUACCAUGGUGACCACUCAUUUCCUCCUAAAGGACCCAUUAUCUGCAGGAAGCAGAGAUCGAAAGGCUACAGAAGAUCAACUAGCAUUAAACAAAAUCCUCGUUUUGGAGCAAGAACAAAACUAUCAACACUGAGAGUCAACAAGGAAAACAUUAUUUUAAAUAAAAAAUAGAAGAAUUUUUAAAUUUUCCCUUUUUUUCUUGAAUUUUUCUCCUUUUUCUUGAUUAUAGUUCUUGUUCAAUGGUGGCAAUGCUGGUAACGGCCAAUCUCUGUCAAUCCUGGGAGGUUUAUAUAAGUACAUUUUGAAUGUUCUAUAUUUCAAUGUAUUUUAAUUCAUUUUGCAACUCCUGUAUAUACAAACUUGACAAAUUCUGUAAAUUGCUUAUAGUAUGUGUGAUAUAACUUCAAAGUAGAUAGACUAUGACCCACAUGCAAGCUGAUUUUUAUCACUAUAUAUAUAAACAUAUCCAUAUAAAUAUCUAUCUGUUGGGCUACCAACCAACCUUUUUUUGAUAAAGCAUUUGUUUUUCACUUAUAAUUCCUAUCUUGUGUGAAUUUCGUAAGGCAUUGUUUCACUUCCACAGGUUUGACAACUGCAGAUGGUCUCUGUUGCCCUCUGCUUCCUUAUGGAAAAUGCAUUUUAAAAUUGUAUCAGUCUCUGAUGAAUGAAUUAAUUUUGUUGUGUGUAUGCUGUGUUGGAAAUUGCUAUGUUCCUUUAUAUAUGGUGUUUACUGAGGUUGGAAGGUCUCUUGACUCUGAAGAAUGUACGCUGUCUGGUUUUGACAGCUAUCCCUAUAUUAUUAUCAUCAUUAUUAUUGUCAAAAAGCAAUGUUGCUUCUAGAAAAUUUACCUUGGAGGUGAAUGUGGGGACGGUGGAGUAGUCACCAUGACUCCCUACAUUUGUGGAAGAACUGUUCUUGCUGUGGCUAAAAUUCUGCUUCCUUUGACCUUUAUGAAUUUUUGUAGCUUUGUCAUUCUGUUAUUUGCUGCUAAUUAUAUUUUAAUGUCUCCUAAUUAAAAAUUAAAAUUUGGUUGUUGGCUAAACAUAAUAUGCAAAAUAUGACUGUAAAUCCCUUACUAAAGAAGACAAUGUGUUCAGUUUUCACUAGUUAAGUGAAUUAUAAUUUUAAAUAUUCCAUUCUUAUUUUUGUCUUUAUGAUAAUCCAGAUUAUCUUUAUUUAGAACCUGCUUUCUACUCUGGCAAAGAAUGAUAGGCAGGACUAUUAAUGUGUUCCAUUUACACUAUGGAAUAGAUACGGGUUGAGAUAGAAAUGACUUAAGUUUUCCUUCCAGAGAGAUUGUUCCAUUUUCUUUCAUAACAAAACCAGAAGGUCAUCUCUGUAGGACCAUCAGCUCCCAUCCUAAGGUCCUAAACUAAAGGUUGAAGAUAAGGAAUACCUUUGCUUUUUGAAGGUAAAUGCAUUGAUUUUCUGCAAUUUUCCUGAUAUUCUUGACGUUAUCUUCUGAGAAAUAAUGUUUCAUGCUAAAUCUUUUAUUGACAUUUUUCUUGUUAAUUUGGUUUAUUAUUUCAGUCUAAUGAGAAAAAUAAAAGAUUUGAUUCUGCUAUUUUAUUAACCUAGAAAUUUAUUUUCUUUCAAAGUUGAAUACUUAAAAUACCUAAAACAAUGGUAAGAUAAAUAUCAUUUAUUAAGUCUCUCUGGGCCUUAAAGAUCACAUACCUUCUAGCAUAAGUUAGUAUACUGAUUCAAAUUCAGUCAAGCUGGAAAAAUCUACCAUGUAGUUUACUUUUACCCAAAGUUCAGCUCAUGAGAUUGGUGAAUUCUAAAGCAAGACAGAUUUGUAGCUGUAUCAACGGUGUUUACUGUGCUUACUCAUAAUAAAGGACAUGUGCUAGUUUGCGGAGAACUCUCACUGUACUCACUGUGCCAGUGUCCAAAAUAAUGAAGACUUCUUUGUCAGUGUACUCCCAAGAGUCUGACUCACUGGCCUCUUGGAGAAAGAACGUGGCACAUAUUUAUUUCUCCAAACUCGAAAGACUAAUGUGGAGCCUUAACUAUUGGGGCAGAAGCUAUAACAAAUUAAGGAGACUGUUUAGUGGUUUUCACCACAUAUUGCAUCCCUCUGAGACUGUUACUUUGUGUGUAACCAUGAUUACAGACACAAAUAAAGAUCAAAAAAUAAGUUA